GCGGGGCCGCGGCCGGCGGCGGGAGGACGCGGGGCAGCCAUGCUGCGGGCGGUCGGGCUGCUGUGGCUGCUGCUGCCGGGGCUGGCGGCGCUGGAGCCCAUCAGCGUGGGCCUGGCUAUCGGAGUGGCCUGCGCGGUCACCGGCUACCUGUCCGACCCCAACUUCUACUGCAAAUUCGUGGAGUGCUGCCCCAGCGCCGGGCAGCGCCUCAACGCCACCGCGCUGAAGAUGCAGCUGGACACCAAGCUCUUUGGGCAGCACUUGGCCAAGGAUGUGGUGCUGAAGGCAGUGCUGGGCUUCAGCAGCAACCCCAGCCCCAAGAAGCCGCUGACGCUCUCGCUCCACGGCUGGGCCGGCACUGGCAAGAACUUCCUCAGCCAGAUCCUGGCGGAGCACGUCCACCCCACCGGCCUGCGCAGCAAGUUUGUCCAUCUCUUCCUGGCCACCCUGCACUUCCCCCACCAUGACAGAAUCGAGCUCUACAAGGAACAGCUGCAGAACUGGAUUCGGGGCAAUGUCAGUGCCUGUGCCCACUCUGUCUUCAUUUUUGAUGAGAUGGACAAAAUGCAUCCAGGUCUCAUUGAUGCCAUCAAGCCAUUCUUAGACUAUUACGAGCACGUCGAUAGGGUGUCCUACAGGAAGGCCAUCUUCAUCUUCCUCAGCAAUGCAGGUGGUGAUUUAAUUAAUAAAGCAGCUCUUGACUUCUGGACAAGUGGAAAACAGAGGGAAGAGAUUCAGCUGAAAGACUUGGAGCCCAUGCUGUCCCUAGGAGUCUUCAAUAACAAGAAUAGUGGACUGUGGCACAGCAGCCUCAUCGACAGGAACCUCAUCGACUACUUCAUCCCCUUCCUGCCGCUGGAGCACAGGCACGUGAAGAUGUGUGUCAGGGCUGAAAUGAGGGCCCGAGGCUAUGCUGUCGAUGAGAAGGUGGUUCAGGCAGUGGCUGAUGAGAUGACAUUCUUCCCAAAAGAGCAGAAAAUCUUCUCUGAUAAAGGCUGCAAGACUGUACAGGCCAAGCUGGAUAUUCACGAAGAUGUGAUGAGAGAUACAGAAACCAGGAGCUGAUUCCUCUUUGGGUCUCCAAAGGCCUUUCAUGACUUUUGGAAGUCUGUGUAUUUGCACUUCUUACUGUUGCAGGGAGGAUGGUGAACAUACCAGUGAGCUGUCUGGCCUUUCUGAACUGAUUAGCAUCUAAAUGUUGCCCCCUUCAUUGUUCUCUGAAGCUGUAAAUUUCUAAGCAUAACACAUAUGCUUCUGUGCACUGGGUACAGCCUCUGCUGCUUUAUCCUUCCAAGUGCUUCCCCCUCUGCUGCUUUGGGGAAAAAGAAGGUGUAAAAGAGACUUUAUAUUCAUCUAAGGGGAUGAAGUGAAAUUGUGUGGUAAGUUCAGGUCUUCCUAAGCAGAAGGACCCAUCUGAGGGAUUUGACUGUUAAAACAUACCAGCCCCUUUUCCUGUUCUUACUCAGAAAAGUCUCUCAAAGGUCUGACUGUUAACAGCUUGUCACGUUGAUCUGCAUGUGGGCUCCUGGGCCUGAAGUCAGCAAGAUCUUUAGUAGUCCCACAUGCCCCCUAUAGUUUAGGAGUGGGUAAUGCUGCUCUCACCUGGCUUGGAAGACACUUCCAUGGCAGAAGUUAUUUUUAAUAGUGUAUUUUUAUACUGAAGUGUAAUGAACAGCACUACAGAGCUUUUCCUAGAGAGCCACAGAGAAGGGUGUAUGGGAAAUGGGAGCAUGGGAAAUGGGAACAAUCCACAAUCUGAUGAGAGAAUCAUGUUUUACAGUAGCCUUUAACAUUAAAAGAUGAUCUGUGUGGAAGGGUGAGUGAUCAGUGAGGAAGAUGGGAAAGACUGAAUUAACUUUCCCCCACUGCUCAGGGACUGGGGUUUAAAAUUCUGUUGCAAGCUUUAAGGUUUUCAUCACCCAUCACUUGCAGGUCAAACACUGCAGUGUAAGCCAGAAGUGCCUACCACUUGGUUGAUUGUAGUGUGGGUUUUUUUUCCUUAGAACUGGUAUGAGGGACUGGGCUAUUCUUUAAACCUGCUUUAAGAUGUGAUGCAAAACUUGCAGGUCUCCAAUACUAUUAUGUUAAUUCAGAUUACCUCAGAGCUUAGCAUGUGUGUUGAGCUCUAAAUUUGAAAGUGCCAAUUGCAUUUCACAGCCCCACAGGGAGUUUGUUGUCACUGAUGCAGUCUUGGAAGCCAACUGGUAACCUUAUGACACUGGCCUGUUGCUUUGCAUGUAUGAUGUCUUGCCCAGUAGCUGACAUUUAUAGGUGUAAAUACUGCAUCCAGGUACAAUUACUGCAAAUACAAACUAUUUGGGUAACUACAAAGCACUAACUGUUACUGCUGUGCUGCAGUUGGAAUAAAAAGUGACUUUUC